GCCAUCCAUCAACAACGACAGCACGCACGAUGAAGGUGGUGGCGCUGGUGAGUGGCGGCAAGGACAGCAUCUACUCCAUGAUGAAGUGCGUGUCGCACGGGCAUGAGAUCAUCUGCUUGGCGACAUUGCAGCCCCCGCACGCGAACGAGGAAGUGGACUCGUUCAUGUUCCAGAGCAUUGGCACGCACGUUGUGGAACACAUUGCGACGUGCAUGGAGCUGCCGUGGGUGACGCACACCCUCCAAGGCACGUCCGUGUCGACCGACAUGGGAUACGAUACCACGGAAGGCGACGAAGUAGAGGACUUGCUUCGCCUGCUGGAAGAAGUCCACCGGCAAUUCCCCGACGUUCAAGCCGUGUCGAGUGGUGCCAUCUUCUCCAACUACCAACGCACCCGCGUCGAGCACGUAUGCGCGCGGCUCAACUUGACGUCGUUGGCGUACCUAUGGCGUCGGCCGCAACACGAACUCAUGGACGAGAUGCUCGACCGCGGCGUGCACGCAAUCUUGGUCAAAGUGGCGUCGAUGGGGUUGAAUCCCCAAAAGCACCUCGGGCAGUCCCUUGCUGACAUGCACUCGACGUUUCUCGACUUGCACGACAAGUACCAGUUUCACAUUUGCGGCGAAGGCGGCGAGUACGAAACACUGACGCUGGACUGCCCGUUGUACACAAAGCGCCUGGUCAUCGACCAAGCCCACCUCCAUAUUCACGCCGACGAUAUGUUUGCCCCCGUGGGGUUGUAUUGCAUCGAUGCAUUGCAUGUCGAAGCCAAGGAAAAAGACCAGGUUAUUCCCGUGAAUCCCACUCCAACGUCUUGUAUGGGGAUUUAUUCCCCGUCGGACGUGUCCGAUCCCAAGGAUUUUCCCCCACCGCCACUCCCCGCCCGUCAAUUUCGAGACCAACUGGUCGUAGCUGGCAUUGCCUCGUCCAACUCGACAAUGUCCUUAACCGACACUGUCCACGACGUAUUUGCCCAGCUUGAACAGACCCUCCAAAGCCACGACAUGACGUUAGCAGACGUGGUGUAUGUGCAUGUUUACGUCAACAAUAUCGACACCUUUGGAGACGUGAACAAUGUAUUUGCCACGUACUUUCCAGCCGCGAAUCCACCGUGUCGCAGCUGUGUCCAAGUACAUCUAUCACGUGAUAUAGUAUUAGACUGCUGGGCAUCCAAAGCUACAAGAAAUACCCUCCACGUGCGCAGCAUCUCAGAGUGGGCGCCCACUUGCAUUGGUCCGUACAGCCAGGCCAAUACGCUGCACUCGUCGUUGAUUCUCCUCGCGGGGCAAAUUCCCCUCGUGCCAGCCACCAUGACGCUGUCGUCUACUCCCGACGACUUGGCAUUGUGUGUAUCGAAUGUGGCGGGGGUGCUGGAAGCGACAGAGUCCAAUUUGCGGCACGUGGUAUCGACUGUCGUGUAUAAAACGUCUCGUACGACGUAUAAAAAACAACUGCGCACGAUGCUUACGUCGAAUUUGCAUCGUCGCGACGCGUUCGAAACGGAAGGAGACAGCGACGAAAGCGACGACGACGUCGACAAAAUGGACGCCAAGCUCGCCUUAUCGAAAGUAUCGCCCAUUUGUGUGGUGACGGUGCCAGCAUUGCCCAAGGGAGCAAGUGUCGAAGUGGAAAUGGUAGCGCUGACCCACAAAGCGAUGAAACUAUUUACCCCGUUCGGGUAUCAUAAACGUACGUGUAUAUGUAUGGUGUCGUCGUUUGAUUGGCUGUUUCUCGAUAAAUGGCUCCGAAAUGACCAAUAGGAGACGGCGAUUUCAUCAGCGAAUGGUCGAUUGCCACGAGAAUGCUCUGUGUGGGCUUUGUGUACGUGCAAGAAGGGGAUAUUGCCGACUACAAUAUGGGGCUGGCCCUACGGCGGCAUGUGCUGGGGGUGCUGAGGCAAGCCAAGAUGACGUGGCACAGCGUGCUGCAUUUCCGCGUGCAUUACACGGGCAUUUGUCCAACGCUUGAAGGCGUGGACGUCCCCAUCACUUUUGUGCCUGUGGAAGCGAUCGCGGUCCCGGAAAAUAGUGUGACAACGACCACGGCAAAUAGUGUGACCACGACGAAGCUUGCCAUUCAAGUCGUCGCGUACAACGGAGAGCUCAUGGAGACAGACUUGUGGCUCGCCAAGCAGAUCUAAUUCAUAUCGACUUCGUCAUACAAUAUGCGGUCACAAACUCCUAGUAGUAGUACUAGUAGCUUCCUACUAAUAUUAACACUACUAUUAAUAUUAAUACAG